UAAGCGACGUUUCUGCUGCAGACUGAACUCCAGGCAGGAAGCCCUGUAAAAGCUAAGCAGCUGCGCGGGAUUUGAGCAAUUCGUUUUCAGAUUGCCCCGGACUUUCCUAAAUGAAGCUGCACGUGCUGCUCGCGGGGACGGCUCUGCUCAGUGCGUUUCUCCCGCGCGGUGAAUGUAAAGCGAUCGACACGAGCGGCGUUUCUCCCACGACCCCGGACCUGCGGCGCGGCGCGCUCCCGAUUCUCAUGCGCGCGGGGGAGGAGGAGUACUUCAUCAAGCUGGACAGCCCGCGCCCGAGCGCGCGCCUCUCACCGAACAGCGCCCCGCCGCGCGCGAGCUCCGUUAAGGGCGCGCUGCAGGUGCAGCUAGAGCAGGGGCUGCUGCGCGGGCGGGUCGCCGAGCUCACGGACAGCAGCGCGAGCGAGCGCGAGCGGCGCUCCGACGACGCGCCCAUCUCUCUGGACCUGACCUUCCACCUGCUGCGCGAGGUGCUGCAGAUGGCGCGAGCUGAACAAUUAGCGCAGCAGGCGAGCAGCAACCGCAGAAUGAUGGAAAUAUUCGGUAAAUAAAAGCUGCCCGAGAUUUCUGCCUAUUUUUAACAGCCUGUAAUAUAUUUUCAUUUAUGCUACUAUAUAAGUAUACGGAACAUUAUCAUUAUGUACUAUCAUUAAGUGUGUUUGUCACCUUACAUGUGCUGUGUUCAUUUGUUAAAAAAAGCCAAAUAAACAGAAAACUGAAAAAUGUCCAGCAGCUUUACAUUGUCCACGACGAACUCUAUUGUGAAAACUAUUGUGCUGAAGUAACAUAGAGUAUACUAUACAUACUACUACUGCACCAAACAUUGCCUGUGUGAAAUCAACUUUGUUACAGUGAUAAUUUAACAUUUUCAGUGUUUAUUUCACACUACACAUUUUUUGUGUAAUACACAGAUAUUUUAGAUUAUUCAAAGUAGCACCUUUUGCUUUUUGCACCUCUUUUAAUUUUCUCAUUCAGCUUAAUAGGUUAGAGUCACCCUCAGUUAAUAGCUGUUCUAAACUUCAAGAGUUAAUUACUUGAAUUUCUUGCCCUCAUAAAGUAUUUGAGAGCAUCAGUUGUGUUAUGAGUUGGUUUACAGUGAAUUGCUAUAUUUUAGUAAUGUUCUAAUUAAUAUUAUGUCAAGAACUACUUAACUAAGUAAAAAAAAUACUUUAAGAAGUGAAGGUCAGUCAAUCAGAAAAUGUUCAAGAACUUUGAAAGUAUCCUCAAGUGCUGUUGCAAAGACCAUCAAAAACAUUAUGAUGAAACUGGCUCUCAACAGGACCGCCCCAAGAAAGGAAAAGUAAGAGUUGCCUGUGUUCAUUAAGUUCAUUAGAGUUCCCAGCCUCAAAAACCACUAGUUAACAGCUCCCCAGAUAAGAUCCACCUAAAUGCUUCACAGAACAUUUUGGUUUGUUUAACAGUUUACUUCAUGAUCCUUUAUGUGUUCCUUCAUAAUCUGGAUGAGUUCAGUAUUCAUUAACAAUGUAAAAAAAAACUAGUACUGUAUCUUGAAUCAACUAAUAUUUGUUUAUCUACACUGCCUGACCAAAAAAAGGUCACAUACCUUUAGCUUUGAUUGCGGCACACAUUCACUGUGGCAUUGUUUCAAUAAGCUUCUGCAAUGUCACAAGAUUUAUUUAAAUCCAGUGUUGCAUUAAUUAAUUUUUCACCAAGAUCUUGCAGCAGCAUUGAUGAUGGUAGAGUCUGACCACUGCACAAAUCCUUCUCCAGCACAUCCCAAAGAUUCUCAAUGAGGUUAAGAUCUGGACUCUGUGGUGAACAAUCCAUGUGUGAAAAUGAUGAUCUCAUGCUCCCUGAAUCACUCUUUUACAAUUCCAGACCCAUACAUCCUGGAAUUGUCAUCUUGGAAUAUGGCCAUAUCAUCAGGGAAGAAAAAAAUCCAUUGAUGGAAUAACCUGGUCUAUAUUCAGUAUAUUCAGGUAGUCAGCUGACCUCAUUCUUUCAGCACAUACUGUUGCUGAACCUAAACCUGCAGACCAACUGCAGCAUCAACCCCACAUCAUUUACUUACUUAAAUCCAGGUGCAGACUUUUUUUUGGGCCAAGCAGUGAAUAAUGCAUUAAA